AUGGCGUCUGUCUUACUGGGACUGGGCCCGCCAAUCCCUUUAUUUCAAUUCCGCAAUCCUACCGAAGAGACAAUGCUUUCAGCCGGUGUAGGAACUGAUAACCCUUGGGAAACCGCAGAUAACAAUGCAGAGGAUAUGAAGUUUGGCUAUUGUAUCGGAACUAGUCGAUGGCCAGAUGAGGCGAAAGAGGGGAAACCAGAAAAGCCUUACGGAACAACAGCUAAGAUGGUCUUUCGUCUUCUCACGGUUCCCAUAGAAUAUAUCACCUUUGCCAGCACAAAGAUAUGGUCAACUCCCAAUGACGAAUGCGAUAAUAAAUACAAUGACAAAUACAAAGGUGCUACCAAACAAAAAGAAAAGACCGAAGAAGAAAAAAAGGCCGAGAUGAUAAAUAAAUCAGUGGACGAAGAUCUUAAUCUAGAGUUCAUUCACAAUUACAUCCACGGCUGUACCGGAGGUGAUGGGCACAUGGCCAAUGUUCCCGUUGCAGCCUUUGAUCCUCUCUUCUGGUUGCACCACUGGCAAGUGCUAAUCCUCUUAUUCUCUUCUAUGGCCGCAUUGAAUCCUGAGAAAUGGCUGGAUGUCCAUUCCAUUCCAAGUGGUGAAACAAUCACGAAUGAAAAUUACGAUGAGGAAAAGGUUUCUCCCACGGUUCCACUACGCCCUUUCCGGCGUGAUAAGAAAGGUACUUAUGUAACGCCUGAAGAUGUGCGAUACACAGCAAAGCUGGGUUACUCAUACGCUGAUCUGCAGCCUUGGUUGGAAAAGUACAACCCUAACAAAAAAUUCAAUCAAAGGCUCUUCGUAAAGGACCUAAACAGAAGGAUUAACUUGCUCUAUGGAUUUUCCAGAAUUCUGGCACUGGACCCUAAAUUUCCUACCAUGGACGGUAUGGCGACUGUCGAGGGCGGGUUGCUUAUCCAGGACUAUGCCUUCAGCAUUCGGUUCCUAAAGUUUGGAUUAGGGGGAGGUCCGUUCUGGAUCAGACUGCAUUUGGCUCAGGAUAAUGAGAACCCCGCGCCAGUGUUGGACCUGAUUGCCGAAGUGUAUAACUUCAGUCAAAAAGUACAAACUGAGAAUGGUAAGUGUGUCAAUUGCGAAAAGCUGAAGGAGCUGAAGGUCAGGUCAACUGCAUAUAUUGCCAUCACCCCUGUGCUUUUGAACCUGGCAAGAGAAGGCAAGAAAUUAGGGUCCCUGACCAAGGAGGUUGUACUGAAGUAUCUUCGCGAUCAUGUCUACUGGAGUGUGAUUAUGGGUGGCAACGUAUUGAGUUCCACCGAAGUGAAAAAGUUGGAGCUUGAGAUUGUUGGUAGUACCAAUGAUAGUAAACACUACGAGGAUCCCACCCGUAUGCCUGAGUUUGACAACUUCGAGGCGCAGCCAUCAAUCUCUGGCGGCGCUGAGGGAGCGUUUAAUCCUGAUCUAUAUAACAGAACUCCUGAACCUUCCCCUCCGAAGAUUCAACCACCGAAGGCUACCUUGGAACUUAGAAAUUCUCUUUGCUUCAGACAGCAGUUGGGCACGGACAGUGUAAUUAUUGUCAAGUCAGCGCUUGUAGACUUAACUCCACCCAGUCCUUCCGAAAGUGACAUGACUCAACUCUCUAUUACCAACGGACUUGGGGAUAUCGUCUUCCAUAUAUCCAUUCGGCGCACCCAGUGCGCGAUUAUAUUCAACACUAAGCCCGCCUCUGGCCAGUGGGGCCCAGAAGUUGAGGUCCAAUUGGAAAGGCACUUCAGGGGACAGGACGAGGCAACCAUCCUUAUUCAUGACCAAGGCGAGGGCUACGAGACCUUUGUUAACUGGACCCAUGUCCACUGGUUUGAAAAGAGAAUAUGGCCGACGGCACCCCAGGCUAUCCAUUACGGACUGUCCGACGGCCAGGGGGCCACGUCUGUUCUGGCGCCUAAACUUCAGGUCUUUACAUAUCCAUCUAUGAAGGACGUGUUUUUCCCGGACGUCGAAUAG